UGGCAGCUUCUCAUCAGCCCGGCAGAGGUUAGGUACUGGAGCUGCCGCAGGGCGUUGACCGAGAGUAACACGCUUCUCGGAUUAGAUAUAAACCUCUGAACCGACAGAGCUGUAUCUGCUGUGGCAUAUCGAGCUUGAGCAACCAACUCUACGACAGUAUACGGAUGGUGGUGUGGCGCGUGCCUUCUGCGGGACGCAGGUCAGGGCGAUGAUGUGGUUAAUUAGUUAUAUUAUUCUCGGUUAGAGGACAAGUACUAGACGGGGUUGGAACUGAUACUCUAGAUCCUCCUACAGCGUGGUGCGUGUGUCAUGAUCUUUGCGGUCUUGCCAGACCUCUCUGCUUGCCAUGGCCUCGAUCAAGCGGCAACCUGCCACAGAUCUCAGACGAGAUGCGUUGACGGCCGGUGCCGAAAAGACAGACGAAGCGAGGAAUUGCAAUCUCGCAUGUUGGAAGUCUCUUGUGACCCACGUUGGCCAAUACGGAUGAAGGUGCUCGAGCGGUUUUCCAAUGGAGAUCCCGCCCAUAUGCAAUGUUCUUGCCAACAGGCCCAUCGACAAUAUGGGAAACCGACGUCGCACACACGAGCAGUUGCACCUGAUCGUAUACCGUCAAAUAGACAUUCAGCAGCCCUAGGAGGUCAAUCUAGCUCCCGGUUACACGGCGUCCACGCGUCCCGGACGUUGCGGAAGAUCCGCGUCAGGGCGAGCGCGCAAGACAAUGAGAGACAACGGGAAGCCCGUCCACGCCCAUACGCCACGCGGAGAUCGGGAGUAUCGUGCCAUCGUCUCGAUGCGGUCCGAGCCUCUUCGGAAGGGCCCCUAGUAGACGCCCAUCACCUCGAUCACCUGCACGGUGUUGCGGAGCCUAGACCUCAACGCCGGCUGUGGCGUCCGAUCUCGACAACGGUGUCACGCCCUUCUGCAUUCUGGCAAUAGGGACCUGGUUAUACCUACAGUACCUAGCUGCCAUCUUGGAGCUGUGAGGCAGGUUCCCAAUGCCGACGUUGGGAGCCGGCGCUCACUACCAUCCGGUGUAUCCAUAGGCAGGGCUCAUACUCAAGGACGUCCU